AUGCUGCUCCCUGCCUUCGUCUUCGGGAUGGCAUGGACACUGGCCAUCGGGCGGUGGUGUGAGCACACAGAAACCAUCCACUUGGAGAAGGAAGUAGCCCCUCGUCAGGAGGACCUGGUGCCGUGUGCCAGCCUCUACCACUACAGCCGCCUGGGCUGGCAGCUGGACCUGCCUGGGAGUCGCCAUGUGGGACUCUUCAGGCCCCCAGGACCUGGGCUCUGUCCCAUCUAUAAACCCCCAGAAACCCGGCCUGCCACAUGGAACCGAACAGUGAGGGCUUGCUGCCCAGGCUGGGGGGGUGCCCACUGCACAGAGGCCCUCCACGACGAUGCUAGUCCCGAAGGCCACUGCUUUGCCACAUGGCAGUGCCGGCCAUGGGCAGACUCGGUUAAUACUUCGGCAGGAAGCCUGGAAGAGUGCUGUUCCCAUCCCUGGGGACGUAGCUGGUGGAACGGCAGCUCCCAGUCCUGCCUCAGUUGCUCCAGGCAACACCUACCAGGUGAUGCCUCCCCUCCAGCCCUCCUGCAGCCCCUGGCAGGGGCUGUGGGUCAACUCUGGAGCCAGCGCCAGCAUCCUUCCGCCACCUGUGUUACAUGGUCAGACUUCCACUACCGCACCUUUGAUGGACGCCACUACCACUUUCUGGGCCACUGCACCUACCUCCUGGCGGGCACUGCUGAUUCCAGCUGGGCUGUGCACCUCAGGCCUGGCAACCAGUGCCCCCAUCCUGGGCAUUGUCAGCUGGUCCGGGUGACAAUGGGACCCGAGGAGGUGCUGAUUGAGGGUGGAAAUGUCUCGGUGAAGGGGCAGCUGGUACCUGAAGGGGAGCCGCGGCUGCUCCAUGGGCUGAGCCUGCAGUGGCUGGGGGACUGGCUGGUGCUGUCAGGGGGCCUGGGGGUCGUGGUACGGCUGGACAGGACUGGUUCCAUCUCCAUUUCUGUGGACCAUGAGCUCUGGGGACAGACACAAGGCCUCUGUGGGCUCUACAAUGGCCGGCCUGAGGAUGACUUUUUGGAACCUGGUGGGGGGCUGGCCGUGUUAGCUGCCACUUUUGGGAACUCUUGGAGGCUCCCUGACUCAGAGCCUGGGUGUCUGGAUGCAGUGGAGGCAGCCCAGGGCUGCGAGGGCCCCCUGUGGAACACAGAGGCAGGCAUGGAACCUGGCCAGCUGCAGGCUGAAGCGCAGGAUGUGUGCCAUCAGCUCCUGGACAUCCCUUUCCAACAAUGCCAUGCCCAGGUUCCCCCUGCUGAGUACCAUGAGAUCUGCCUCUUUGCCUAUUGCAAAGGGCCCACUGUGGGCAGUGGACAAGAGGGUCGGCAGGAGGCUGUGUGCGCCACCUUUGCCAACUACGCCCAGGCCUGUGCCAGGCAGCAUAUCCACAUUGGCUGGAGGAAGCCUGGUUUCUGUGAGCGCCCAUGCCCUGGGGGCCAGCUCUACUCAGACUGUGCCUCCCCCUGUCCGGCCAGCUGCCAGGCAGUGGGCCAGGGAGAGGAGGGGUCCUGCCAGGCGGAGUGUGUGAGUGGCUGUGAGUGCCCACAUGGCCUCUUCUGGGAUGGCGCCCUCUGUGUGCCUGCUGCCCGCUGCCCCUGCUACCACCGGCGCCAGCGCUAUGCUCCCGGUGACACUGUGCGCCAGCUGUGUAACCUAUGCAUAUGCCAGGAUGGCCACUGGCACUGCACCCAGGGCCCCUGCCCGGCCGAGUGUACAGUGGGUGGGGACGGCCACUACCUCACCUUCGAUGGACGGAGCUACUCCUUCCGUGGUGGCUGGGGGUGCCGCUAUAGCCUGGUGCAGGACUAUGUGAAGGGGCAGCUGCGGAUUGAGCUGGAGCACGGGGCUUGUGACUCUGGGAGCUGCUUGCAUGCCAUCUCUGUCUCCCUGGGGGACACCCAUGUUCAGCUCAGGGACUCAGGUGCUGUGCUGGUCGGUGGGCAGGACGUGAGCUUGCCCUGGAUGGGUGCUGGGGGCCUCAGUGUCUUCCGUGCUUCCUCUGCCUUCCUGUUGCUGCGCUGGCCCGGGGCCCAGGUCCUCUGGGGAGUGAUGGACCCUGCUGCCUACAUCACCCUGGACCCUCGCCAUGCCCACCAGGUGCAGGGUCUAUGUGGCACCUUCUCCUGGAACCAGCAGGAUGACUUCUUGACCCCUGCUGGAGAUGUGGAGACCAGCAUUACUGCUUUUGCUAACAAGUUCCAGGUGGCAGGCGAGGGAACAUGCCCCUCAGGGGACGGUGCCCCACUUGGCCCCUGCAGCACCCACUCCCAGCGCCACACUCUCGCAGAGGCAGCUUGUGCCCUUCUGCAUGGCCCAGCAUUCCAGGAGUGCCAUGGGCUGGUGGAUAGGGAGCCAUUCCAUCUGCGCUGCUUGGCAGCCGUGUGUGGCUGUGCUCCUGGCAGGGAUUGCCUGUGUCCAGUGCUCUCUGCCUAUGCUCACCGCUGUGCCCAGGAGGGCGCCCUGCCUACCUGGAGGAACCAGACCCUGUGCCCUGUCCUGUGUCCCAGUGGCCAGGAGUACCAGGAGUGUGCCCCAGCUUGUGGUCGACACUGUGGGGAGCCAGAGGACUGUGCGCAGCUGGGUGGCUGUGUGGCUGGUUGUACCUGCCCACCAGGGCUGCUGUGGGAUGCUGAGGGCCAGUGUGUUCCCCCCAGCUUGUGCUUCUGCCAACUUGGAGCUCAUCGCUAUGCCCUGGGCAGUGCCACCAUGAAGGACUGCAACCACUGUGUCUGCCAGGAAAGGGGCCUCUGGAACUGCACAGCCCGCCAUUGUCCCCCUCAGAAGGCAUUCUGCCCUCGAGGGCUCGUCUAUGCCCCUGGCACUUGCCUCCUCACCUGUGACAGCCCCAGCAUCAACCACUCCUGCCCCAUGGGCAGCACUGAUGGCUGUGUCUGUCCACUGGGCAUGGUGCUGCUGGAUGACCACUGUGUGCCUCCUGACCUCUGUCCCUGCCGUCACAGUGGCCAGUGGUACCCACCCAAUGCCACCAUCCAGGAAAACUGCAAUGUCUGUGUGUGCCAGGGUCGGAAGUGGCACUGCACAGGCCAGCAAUGCAGUGGAUGGUGCCAGGUUUUGGGAGCCCCCCACUAUGUGACAUUUGAUGGACUGGCCUUCACCUUCCCUGGGGCCUGCGAGUAUCUGCUGGUGCGAGAGGCCAGAAAGCGAUUCACAGUCUCUGCUCAGAAUCUGCCUUGUGGGGCCAGCGGGCUCACCUGCACCAAGGCCCUAGCCGUGCAUCUGGAGAGCACUGUUGUGCACAUGCUCAGAGGUCGGGCAGUGACAGUGAAUGGGGUAAGCGUGACACCCCCGAAGUUCUACACAGGUCCUGGACUGAGCCUGCACUAUGCAGGCCUCUUCCUGGUGCUCACAACCCGCCUAGGCCUCACCUUGCUCUGGGAUGGAGGUACCCGGGUUUUGUUGCAACUGUCCCCCCAGUUCCAUGGUCAUGUGGCUGGGCUGUGUGGAGACUUUGAUGGAGAUGCCAGUAACGACUUGCGGAGCCGCCAGGGUGCUCUGGAGCCCACACCAGAGCUGGCUGCCCACUCCUGGCGCCUCAGUGCCCUCUGUCCUGAGCCAGGAGACCAGCCACACCCCUGCACCGUGAACACCCACCGGGCUGCCUGGGCUCGGGCCCGCUGCGGGAUGAUGCUGCAGCCACUCUUCGCCCCGUGCCAUGCAGAGGUGCCUCCACAGCAGCACUACAAGCAGUGUGUGUACGAUGCCUGCGGGUGUGACUCGGGGGGUGACUGUGAGUGCCUCUGCUCAGCCAUUGCCGCCUAUGCAGACGAGUGCAGCCGGCAUGGGCACCAUGUGCGCUGGCGCAGCCAGGAGCUGUGCCCUCUGCAAUGUGAAGGGGGACAGGUGUAUGAGGCCUGUGGCCCCAUGUGCCCCCCCACCUGCCAUGAACACCAUCCUGAGCCCAGGUGGCAUUGCCAGGCUGUGGCCUGUGUGGAGGGCUGCUUCUGCCCUGCGGGAACUCUGCUGCAUGGAGGAGCCUGCAUGGAGCUGGCAGCCUGCCCCUGUGAGUGGAGAGGCAGCUUCUUCCCUCCAGGGACUGUGCUGCAGAAGGACUGUGGGAACUGCACAUGCCAGGAGAGUCAGUGGCAUUGUGGGGGUGACGGUGCCUACUGUGAGGAGCUGGUACCUGGCUGUGCAGAGGGAGAGGCCCUGUGCCAGGGGAGUGGACACUGUGUGCCCCUCGCAUGGCUUUGUGACAACCAGGACGAUUGUGGAGAUGGCUCAGAUGAGAAGGACUGUGCUGCCCCAGGAUGUGGGGAUGGGCAGAUGUCCUGCAGCUCUGGCCACUGCCUGGCUCCCACCCUGCUCUGCAAUGGCCAGGAUGACUGUGGAGAUGGCUCAGAUGAACAGGGCUGCCCGUGCCCCCAGGGCUCACUGGCCUGUGCCAAUGGGCACUGCCUGCCCCCAGCCCUGCUUUGCGAUGGGCACCCCGACUGUCCAGAUGCUGCUGAUGAAGAGUCCUGUCUGGGGCAGAUGAACUGCCUUCUUGGGGAGGUGUCCUGCAUGGAUGGGACCUGUGUGGGGGCCAUCCAGCUGUGUGAUGGAAUCUGGGACUGUCCAGAUGGAGCUGAUGAGGGGCCUGGACACUGCCCUCUCCCCUCUCUGCCCAUACCUCCUACUGGCUCUCUGGAUGCUGCGUGGAGUCUCCUGGCCAGUGCCAGCCCAGCGCCGCCCUGCGGCCCCUUCGAGUUUGCAUGCGGCAGCGGAGAGUGCACCCCGCGGGGCUGGCGCUGUGACCAGGAGGAGGACUGUGCUGAUGGCAGCGACGAGCUCGGCUGUGAGGGCUCCUGCUUGCCGCCCUAUGCGCCCUGCGCCCGUGGCCGGCACUGCGUGUCCCCUGGGCAACUGUGCGAUGGCGUGCCGCAGUGCCCCGACGGCUCUGACGAGGACCCCGACGUCUGCGAGGGGCUUCUAGCCCCCGGAAGCCGCAACAGGACAGGGCCUCCCUGCCCAGAGUACACCUGCCCUAAUGGCAUCUGCAUUGGCUUCCAGCUGGUGUGUGAUGGGAAGCCUGACUGCAAAGAGCCAGGGGAGGUAGGACCCUCCCCAGAAGAGCAGGGUUGUGGAGCCUGGGGUCCCUGGAGCCCGUGGGGGAAGUGCAGCCAGACAUGUGGGCCUGGGGUGCAGGGCCGGAGCCGCCACUGCUCUCCACCCGGCCUCCUGGUACUGCAGCACUGCCCAGGCCCCGAUCACCAGUCUCAGGCUUGCUUUAGUGUGGCCUGCCCAGUGGAUGGUGAGUGGAGCACCUGGUCUCCCUGGUCUCUGUGCACUGAAUCGUGCAGAGGCACUAUGAUGCGGCAGCGACAGUGCCACCCACCCCAGAAUGGGGGCCGAACCUGUGCUGGACUACCCAGGGGCCCACACAGCACCCACCAGACUCAGCCCUGCCACCAGGACAGCUGCCUCAAUGCCACCUGCUCUGGGGGCCUGGUAUUCCGGCCCUGUGCUCCAUGUCCUCUGACCUGCAAUGACAUCUCUAGCCAGGCCAUCUGCCCACCUGACCUGCCCUGCAGCAGCCCAGGCUGCUGGUGCCCAGAAGGGCAAGUGCUGGGCAUCGAGGGAGGGUGUGUGUGGCCCCGGCAGUGCCCCUGCCUGGUGGAUGGCACCCGCUACUGGCCAGGGCAGCACAUCGAGAUUGACUGCCAGCUCUGCACCUGCCAAGAUGCACGGCCCCGGCGCUGCCGGCCCAACCCCAACUGUGCUGUGGACUGUGGCUGGUCCUCCUGGGCCCCUUGGGCUGAAUGCUUGGGCCCCUGUGGCAGUCAGAGCAUCCAGUGGUCCUUCCGGAGCCCCAACAACCCCCGGCCCUCAGGCCGUGGUCGCCAGUGUCGUGGCAUCCACCGCAAGGCCCGCAGGUGCCAGACGGAGCCCUGUGAGGGCUGUGAGCACCAGGGCCAGGUCCACCAGGUCGAGGAGCGCUGGCGCAGUGGCCCCUGCAGGGUGUGCCAGUGUCUGCACAACCAUACCACACACUGUUCCUCCUACUGCCCGCUGGGUCGCUGCCCCCAGGGCUGGGUCCUGGUGGAGGGAACAGGAGAAUUGUGUUGUCACUGUGUCCUGACUGGAGAGGACCAGACAGUCCACCCAAUGGCCACUCCCGCCCCAGCUCCAGCUCCCAGUUUCCAGAUUGGACCUCCUCUGGUCAGCUACAUUCUACCUCCGCUGGGAGAUCCCUGCUAUUCUCCCCUGGGGCUGGCCCAACGGCCAAAGGGAAAUCUGCAGGCACCAUCCCAGCAGCUGCAACACCCCAGCCAGGCUGCCCUCCUGGGGGCUCCCACUGAAGGGCCCAGCCCCCAGGGAGGGAGCCCCAGAGAGGAUGCUUAUGCUGAGUCACACUCCUACCUAGAGCUAGACCUGCUUCAACUCCAGAACCUCACAGGCAUCAUAGUGCAGGGGACUGGUUCCUUCAACACUUAUGUCACCAGCUUCUCGCUCCAGCUCAGUAGUGAUGGUCUACACUGGCAUGACUACCAUGACAUCCUGCCUGGCAUCUUGUCCCUGCCCAAGCUUUUCUCUGACACCUGGGGUGACCCAGUCCCGGAGGUAUGGACAUUCAGCCAAAUGGUGCAGGCAAGGUACGUUAGGGUGUGGCCUGGUGAUGUCUACCACGGCGAGGACGGCCGAAGCGUCUUCCUGCGGGUGGAGUUGCUGGGCUGUGAACCAGUGCCCCCACUUGUGCCUCCAUGCCCUGGGACUGGGCACCGCUGUGCCAGUGGUGAGUGUGCCCUGAGUGGUGGCCCAUGCGACGGUGCUGUGGACUGCAGGGAUGGCUCAGAUGAGGAGGCCUGUGUGCUCCUGCCUGCGGGUACCAGCAGAGUUCAUUCCACAACCUGGACCCCAGCUCUCUCCUUCACCCAGCCCAGGGAGGGUCUGAUGGAGAUUGAGCGUGGGUAUCCUGUGCAGGAGUCACCCGCACCCCCCACAGAGAGAAGGCCCGUGAGUCCUGUCCCAGCCUCCAGCACUCUUUAUCUGAGUUCUGGGAAAUCCAUGAAGACAGUGCCCACCGCCCCCACAUCCCAGACAGAGGCUAGGACCCCACAACCAGGAAUGGCAGCUGUGUCAGUGUUCCUUCCACCUCCAGCAACUCUGGCGACCAGUGCUGGCCAGAGUAUCACCCCGAGGCCCUUCCCACUGGUGCAGUGCAGCCCCGGAGAGGUGCCCUGCGAGGUCCUGGGCUGCGUGGAGCAGGUGCAGCUGUGCGAUGGCAGGGAGGACUGCCUCGAUGGCUCUGAUGAGAGGCCCUGUGGUGAGCUCCGGAGACCUGGAAUCAUUUAUGUGGCUCUUCCUCCUGCCUCAUGGGCAGAGAGUCCGGUGCCUUUCACCAUACCCACAACAGCCCUGCCUGGGCUGCCAGCCUCGAGGGCUCUCUGCUCUCCGAGCCAGCUGAGCUGCGGCAGUGGGGAGUGCCUGCCCUCUAAGCGGCGCUGUGACCUGCAUCCGGACUGCCAAGAUGGCUCAGAUGAGGAUGGCUGUGUGGAUUGUGUGCUAGCAGCCUGGUCCAGCUGGAGCAGCUGUAGCCAUAGCUGUGGCCUGGGCUUAACCUUCCAACACCGAGUGCUUCUGCGACCUCCCCUGUUGGGGGGCAGCUGCCCACAUAACCGGCUGCGCACCCAGUCCUGCUUCAUGCAGGCCUGUCCAGUGGCUGGGGCAUGGGCCAUGUGGGAGGCCUGGGGACCCUGCAGUGUCUCCUGUGGAGGUGGCCAUCAGAGUCGCCAGAGGAGAUGUGUGGACCCUCCACCCAAGAACGGUGGUGCCCCUUGCCCUGGGAACUCCCAAGAGAGGGCACCUUGUGGCUUGCAGCCCUGCACAGGUGGUACAGACUGUGGGCUGGGCCUUGUGCUUGUGAGUGCUGAUCUAUGUCAGAAGGGGCUGGUGCCCCCAUGCCCACCCUCCUGCUUGGAUCCUGAGGCCAACAGAAGCUGCAGUGGGCACUGCAUGGAGGGGUGCCGCUGUCCCCCGGGGCUCCUCCUCCAUGAUACUCGCUGCCUGCCACUCUCUGAGUGCCCCUGCCUUGUGGGUAAAGAGCUGAAGCAGCCAGGAGUGUCCUUCCUCCUGGACAACUGCAGCAGAUGCAUGUGUGAGAAGGGGGUGCUGCUGUGCCAGCCAGGAGGCUGCCCCCUGCCCUGUGGCUGGUCAGCCUGGUCCUCUUGGGCUCCCUGUGACCGCUCCUGUGGCUCUGGAGUGAGAGCCAGGUUCAGGUCUCCCUCCAACCCUCCAGCAGCUUCCGGGGGUGCCCCGUGUGAAGGCAACAGGCAAGAACUGCAGGCCUGCCACAGGGAGUGUGGGACAGAAGCGCUGGGCUGGACUCCCUGGACAUCUUGGUCCUCCUGCUCCCAGAGCUGCCUUGCCCCUAGUGGGGACCCAGGCUGGCGCAGUCGCUCCAGGCUCUGCCCCAGCCCCAGGGACACAUCCUGCCCAGGAGAGGCCACCCAAGAGGAGCCCUGCAGCCCCCCUGUAUGCCCAGAGCCCAGCAUCUGGGGCCUGUGGACUGCCUGGUCUACCUGCUCUGCUCCCUGUGAUGGGGGCAUCCAGACCCGUGGACGCAUUUGCUCUGGCCCAGCUCCCGGGAAUUCCACCUGCCAGGGCCCCCACAGUCAGACCAGAGACUGCAAUGCACAGCCUUGCACAGCCCAGUGCCCAGGGAACAUGGUGUUCCGGUCAGCAGAGCAGUGUCACCAGGAGGGGGGUCCAUGCCUGCGGCUGUGCCUGGCACAGGGCCCUGGGGUGGAGUGCAUAGGCUCCUGCACCCCCAGCUGCACCUGCCCCCCUGGCCUCUUCCUGUACAAUGCCAGCUGCCUGCCCCGCAGCCAGUGCCCCUGCCAGCUGAAUGGGCAGAUCUAUGCACCAGGAGAAGUGGGUCGCGUGGAUGCCUGCAACAACUGCACCUGUACCUCUGGUGAGAUGUUGUGCACCUUGGAGCUCUGCCCAGUGGCUUGUGGCUGGAGUCCCUGGACCCCAUGGAGUCUCUGCAGCCGCAGCUGCAAUGUGGGCAUUCGGCGGCGCUUCCGGGCAGGCACUGCACCCCCAGCUGCCUUUGGGGGUGCUGAGUGUCAGGGCCCCAAAAUGGAGGCUGAAUUUUGCAGUUUACAGCCAUGUCGAGGUCCUGGUGGGGAGUGGGGCCCUUGGUCUCCAUGUUCUGUGCCCUGCGGUGGUGGCUACAGGAACCGCACCCGAGGCAGUGGCCUAUACAGCCCUAUGGAGUUCUCCACCUGUGGCCUGCAGCCCUGUGCAGGGCCAGUGCCUGGCACGUGUCCCAAGGGCAAGCAGUGGCUGGACUGUGCCCAGGGCCCUGCCUCCUGUGCAGAGCUGAGUGCCCCAAGAGGGACUAACCAGACCUGCCACCCUGGCUGCUACUGCCCACCUGGGAUGCUCCUGCUGAACAACAUGUGCGUGCCCACCCAGGACUGCCCCUGCGCCCAUGGCGGGCGCCUCCAUGACCCAGGCAGUGUUGUGCUAAGGCCAUGUGAGAACUGCUCCUGCAUCUCUGGGCUCAUCACCAACUGCAGCUCCUGGCCAUGUGAGGAGGGUCAGCCCAUGUGGUCACCCUGGACCCCCUGGAGUGAGUGCUCUGCCUCCUGCAGCCCUGCCCGACGCCAUCGGCACCGCUUCUGUGCCAGGGCCCCCAGCACAGCGCCAUUCAGGAUCACUCUGCUGCCCCCCACAGCUACACCAGGGUCUCUCUGCCCAGGUCCUGAGGCUGAGGAGGAGCUGUGCCUCCUGCCAGGGUGUGACCGAGCUGGGGGCUGGGGGCCAUGGGGACUCUGGUCUCCCUGCAGUCGGAGCUGUGGAGGAGGCCUGAGAAGCCGGACCAGAGUCUGUGACCAGCCCCCACCCCAGGGGUUGGGGGAUUACUGUGAGGGGCCGCGGGCCCAGGGGGAAGCCUGUCAGGCUUUGCCGUGUCCAGUGACCAACUGCACUGCUGUCGAAGGAGCUGAGUACAGCCCCUGUGGCCCUCCCUGUCCUCGCUCCUGUGAUGACCUAGUGCACUGCAUGUGGAGCUGCCAGCCCGGCUGCUAUUGCCCUCCAGGCCAGGUGCUGAGUGCUGACGGGGCCAUCUGUGUGCAUCCGGAUCACUGCAGCUGCCUGGACCUGCUGACUGGGCAGAGACACCAUCCAGGUGCCCAGCUGGCCCGGCCUGAUGGCUGUAACCACUGCACUUGCCAGGGGGGGAGGCUGAAUUGCACAGACCUGCCCUGCCCAGUGCCUGGCAGCUGGUGCCCAUGGUUGGAGUGGACGGUGUGCUCUCAGCCCUGCAGGGGCCAGACGAGGACCCGAUCCAGGGCCUGUGCUUGCCCAGCUCCUCGGCAUGGGGGCACCCAGUGCCCUGGGGAAACUGGGGAGGCAGGGGCCCAGCAUCAGAGGGAGGCCUGCCCCAGCCCCAGCACCUGCCCAGUGGAUGGAGCCUGGAGCCCCUGGGGACCAUGGUCUCCCUGUGAUGCAUGCCUGGGACAGUCACAUCGGAGCCGGGAAUGCAGCCAGCCCCCCACUCCUGAGGGAGGAAGGCCCUGCCCUGGGGGCCACACCCAGAGUCGCCCUUGUCAAGACAAUUCCACACGGUGCGCAGACUGCGGGGGUGGACAGAGCCUGCUCCCCUGUGGGCAGCCCUGCCCCCGCUCCUGCCAGGACCUGUCCCUAGGAAGUAUGUGCCAGCCAGGCCCAAACAGCUGCCAGCCCAGCUGUGGGUGUCCCCCCGGCCAGCUCUCCCAGGAUGGGCUCUGUGUGCCCCCAGCCCGCUGCCGCUGCCAGUACCAGCCUGGAGCCAGGGGGAUCCCUGAGAACCAGAGCCGGUUGGUAGGGUCUGGGCUCAGCUCCUGGGAGAGCCUGGAACCAGGAGAAGUAGUAACUGGGCCAUGUGACAACUGCACCUGUGUGGCAGGCAUCCUGCAAUGCCAGGAGGUGCCCACCUGUCCCGGCCCUGGGAUGUGGGACUCCUGGGGCCCCUGGGAGGACUGCAGCUUUUCAUGUGGGGGAGGGGAGCAGUUGCGUUCAAGGCGCUGUGCCCAGCCUCCCUGCCCAGGGUCUGCCCGCCAGAGCCGUGUGUGCAAUACCCAGGUCUGCAGAGAGGCAGGCUGCCCGGCAGGCCGCUUGUACCGUGAGUGCCAGCCCGGUGAGGGCUGCCCCUUCUCCUGCGCCCACAUCACACAGCAGGUGGACUGCUUCUCUGAUGGCUGCGAGGAGGGUUGCCACUGCCCUGAGGGCACCUUCCAGCACCGCCUAGCCUGUAUCCAGGAGUGCCCCUGUGUGCUGAUGGCCUCACUGCUGCAGGAGCUGGGAGCUGCUGGCAGCAACUCUGGAGCAUGGCCCCUGUUCCUAGGAGAGGGUGGUCAGUCUCUUGGGCCUAAAGAUGAGCUGGGCUCUGGCCAGACACUUCGUAUAGGCUGCAGCAAUUGCUCCUGUGCUCAUGGGACACUGUCCUGCUCUGUGGAGGACUGCUCCGAGGCCCGUAGUGGUUUUGGUCCUUGGGGCCCAUGGGGCCCAUGCUCUCGCUCCUGUGGUGGGCUGGGUACCCGCACCCGCAACCGCCAGUGUGCGUUCCCCAUGUCCACUUAUGGUGGCCAGGGCUGCCAAGGGCCCCGCCAAGACCUCGAAUACUGCCCCAGCCCAGACUGCCCUGGGACUGAAGGGUCCAUGGUGGAGCCAGUGACAGGUCUUCCAGGUGGCUGGGGCCCCUGGUCCCCAUGGUCCCCCUGCUCUGGGAGCUGCACAGACCCUGCUCAUCCUGCUUGGCGCAGCCGCACUCGCCUCUGCCUGGCCAACUGCACAGUGGGGGGCUCCUUGCAGAAGCGUCCCUGCAAUCUGCCCUCAUGCACAGGAGUGCCCCUGUGUCCUGGCCCUGGCUGUGAGGCUGGAAACUGUUCCUGGACCUCCUGGGCCCUGUGGGAACCUUGCUCCCGAAGCUGUGGGGUGGGCCAGCAACGUCGCCUGCGGGCGUACCAUCCCCCGGGGCCUGGCGGGCACUGGUGCCCCGACAUCCUUACAGCCUACCAGGAGCGCCGCUUCUGCAGCCUGCGUGCUUGUCCAGUGCCUGGGGGCUGGUCGCGCUGGAGCCCCUGGUCCUGGUGUGACCGCAGCUGUGGAGGAGGACAAUCCCUGAGGAGCCGCAGAUGCUCGAGCCCCCCACCCAAGAACGGGGGUGCUCCCUGUGUUGGGGAGAGGCACCACAUCAGGCUCUGCAAUCCCAUGCCCUGUGAGGCAGGCUGCCCAGCAGGCAUGGAGAUGGUCACCUGUGCCAACCGCUGUCCCCGCCGCUGCUCAGACCUCCAGGAGGGAAUUGUGUGUCAGGACGACCAGGCCUGCCAGAAGGGCUGCCGGUGCUACCAAGGGUCCCUGGAGCAGGAUGGCAGCUGCGUGCCCAUCCGGCACUGUGAGUGCACAGAUGCUCAGGGCCACAGCUGGGCCCCCGGGAGCCAGCACCAGAACGCCUGCAACAACUGCUCAUGUCAGGCUGGACAGCUCUCCUGCACGGCCCAGCCCUGCCCACCUCCCACACACUGUGCCUGGAGCCGCUGGUCAGCCUGGAGUUCCUGCAGCCACUCGUGUGGUCCUGGAGGGCAGCAGAGCCGCUUCCGGUCCUCCACAUCAGACUCAUGGGCCCCAGAGUGUCGAGAGGAGCAGUCCCAAAGCAAACCCUGUCCUCAGCCCCCAUGUCCGCCCCUGUGCCUGCAAAAUGCUCACCCCCGACUCCUGGGGGACAGCUGGCUACAAGGGGAAUGUGGGCAGUGCUCCUGCACCCCGGAGGGUGUGAUCUGUGAGGACACUGCUGAGUGCACAGUGCCUGGGACUUGGAUGCUGUGGUCCCCCUGGUCCGGCUGCCCUGUCUCUUGUGGAGGAGGAAACCGGGUCCGCACCCGGGGAUGUGUGGCCCCGACCCCUGGCCACAGGGCCCCAGCCUGCCCAGGUCCCAACACACAGACCCAGUCCUGUGGGCAGCGGCCUUGCCUGCAGCUGCUGGAGGCUUGCUCCUGGGGUCCAUGGGGACCCUGUUCCCGCAGCUGCAGCCCGGGCCUGGCCUCCCGCCCCGGGUCCUGCCCCUGCCUGCUGGUGGAGGCAGACCCCACUUGCAAUGGCACCUUCUCCCACCUGGACACCCAGGCCUGCUACUCAGGACCCUGCCUGGAGGAGUGUGUAUGGAGCAGCUGGAGCAGUUGGACACGCUGCUCUUGCCAGGUGUUGGUGCAGCAGCGCUACCGACACCAGAGCCCAGCGCCGGGCAGGGCUGGGGCAGGCACCCUCUGCACACGGCUGGAUGGCCACUUCCGGCCUUGCCUCACCGGGAACUGCUCUGAGGACAGCUGCCUGCCUCCCUUUGAGUUCCAGGCCUGUGGCUCCCCCUGCACCAGGCUCUGUGCCACACACCUAAGUGGGGAGCUCUGCCAGGACCUGCCGCCCUGUCAGCCUGGCUGCUACUGCCCUGAGGGGCUGCUGGAGCAGGCUGGGGGCUGCGUUCCUCCAGAGCAGUGUGAUUGCUGGCAUACCUCAGGAGAGGGAGCCAGGGUGACCCUGGCCCCCGGGGACCACCUUCGGCUGGGCUGUAAAGAGUGUGAAUGCCAACACGGGGAGCUGCAGUGCACCAGCCAGGGCUGUCAAGGUCUUCUGCCUCUGAGUGGCUGGUCCGAGUGGUCGCCCUGUGGGCCUUGCCUGCCCCUCAGCGCCCUGGCCCCUGCCUCCAGGACUGCCUUGAAGGAGCACUGGCCCCAGGGAGCAGCCAGUCUCUCCACGACCUUAGACACCCUGCUGGCUUCGGAGCAGCACCGCCACCGUCUCUGUCUGGACCCUGAGACAGGGAGGCCCUGGGCUGGGGAUCCCCACCUUUGUACCGCAUCCCUUAACCAGCAACGCCUCUGUCCUGACCCUGCAGCCUGCCCUGACGCGUGCCAGUGGAGUCCUUGGGGACCCUGGAGCAUCUGCCAGGUGCCCUGCAGUGGGGGUUUCCGGCUGCGCUGGAGAGAGGCAGGAGUGCCCCCUGGAGGAGACUGCCGGGGCCCAUGGGCUCAGACUGAGAGCUGCAACACAGAGCCCUGCCCAGGGGAGAGCUGUGAGGCCCAAGACACCGUGCCCACCCUUGAUUGUGCCAACCAGUGCCCUCGCAGCUGUGCUGACCUCUGGGACCGCGUUCAGUGUCUGCAGGGACCCUGCCACCCAGGCUGCCGCUGUCCCCCUGGCCAGCUGGUGCAGGAUGGGCACUGUGUUCCCAUCUCUUCAUGUCGCUGUGGCCUCCCCAGUGCCAAUGCCUCAUGGGAGCUGGCUCCCACCGAGGUGCUACAGCUGGACUGUAAAAACUGCACCUGUGUCAAUGGAUCCCUAAUAUGCUCACACCAUGAGUGUCCAGUCCUUGGGGCUUGGUCAGCCUGGAGCAGUUGCUCAGCUCCCUGUGGUGGGGGCACCACAGAACGACAUCGGAGCUGUAAGGGGGAUCCUGGGAAGGCACCGUGCCAGGCCCAGGACACAGAGCAACAGCAGGAGUGUAACAUGCAGCCCUGCCCUGAGUGUCCCCCUGGGGAAAUGUGGCAGCAGGCAGCCCCUAGGGACCUGGGACCCUGUGAGCAGACGUGCCAGGAGACCAACACCACAGAGACUCUGAGCAACUGCAGUGCAAUCCGGGCCUCGGGCUGCGUGUGCCAGCCUGGGCACUUCCGCAGCCAGGCUGGCCCCUGUGUUCCUGCAGACCAGUGCGAGUGCUGGCACCUUGGGCAACCCCACCUGCCUGGAUCUGAGUGGCAGGAGGCCUGUGAGAACUGCCGCUGCCUUGGUGGGAGGACUGUCUGCAGCCAGCACUGCCCCUUCCUCACUUGUGCUCAGGGUGAGGUGACCGUGCAGGAGCCAGGGAGCUGUUGUUCCACUUGCCACCGGGAGACUCCAGAGGAGCAGUCAGCCUCCUGCCGGCACCUCACAGAGCUGCGCAACCUCACCAAGGGCCCCUGCUACCUGGACCAGGUAGAAGUGAGCUACUGCAGUGGGCACUGCCCAUCUAGCACGAACGUCAUGCCUGAGGAACCAUACCUUCAGAGCCAGUGUGACUGCUGUAGCUACCGCCUAGACCCCGAGAGCCCCGUGCGGAUUCUGAACCUCCGCUGUCCGGGUGGCCACACAGAGCCAGUGGUGCUGCCGGUCAUCCACAGCUGCCAGUGCAGUGCCUGCCAAGGAGGUGAUUUCUCAAAGCGCUGACAACUCCGCUGGAAGAGUCCACUGUUGUCCUCCUUGUGACCAUGCGGCCCAACAACACUGACCACGUCUCCCACAUGCUCACCCUUCUGUCCCCCCAUUCAGGCCCUGGCAUUUACAUACCCCGAAU